UUUCUGUAUGAGAGGGAGGGGGUCUGUGUCUAUUUAAAGAGGGUGAUCCAGGUUCAGAUGAAUGACGGAAGCUCCACAGCUUUGGUCAUCAUCCAAAUGGUCUUCAUCCUGAGCUGCAAGUCAGAUUCUGACCGUUUAUUCUUCACCAGUUUGCUGUGAAAGCCUUUAGUCGAGAAGAACCGGGUGUACCAGCUCCUCGGGCGGGGGGGCUUUUGCUUGAUUUUGGUCAUAUAUUUUUAAUAGAUGAAAAAUGGGAAGAGACUAUUACAAGACGCUGGGAAUCGCCAAAGGAGCCACAGAGGAAGACAUCAAGAAAGCGUACAGAAAACAGGCUCUGAAAUGGCAUCCCGACAAAAACAAGUCCGCGACCGCUGAGGAGAAAUUUAAGGAAAUCGCCGAGGCUUACGAAGUCCUGAGUGAUCCGAAGAAACGGGAAAUUUAUGACCAAUACGGAGAGGAAGGUCUUAAGGGGGGAAAUGGACCUGCUCCAGAUGGACAGGGCCCUACCUUCACCUACACCUUCCACGGAGAUCCUCAUGCCACCUUUGCCACCUUCUUCGGGGGCUCCAACCCCUUCGAGAUGUUCUUCGGGCGUAAAGCGAAUGGCAGAGACGACGAUGACAUGGAGGUGGAUGGAAAUGACCCCUUUGGCUCCUUUAGUAAUUUCAACAUGAACGGCUUUCCACGAGAAGGCCACACCGGCCUCGGGGGUCAGCAGCGCCGGAAGCAGGACCCGCCCAUCAUCCAUGAUCUGAGGGUCACCCUGGAGGAGGUCUUCCAGGGCUGCACUAAGAAGUUGAAAAUCUCUCGCAAAAGGCUGAACCCCGACGGCAGGACCAUGCGAACGGAGGAUAAGAUCCUCACUAUUGAGAUCAAACGAGGCUGGAAGGAGGGAACCAAGAUCACGUUCCCGCGGGAGGGGGACGAGUCGCCCAACGCCAUUCCUGCUGACAUCGUUUUUGUCAUUAAGGACAAACCCCACCCCCACUUUAGGAGAGAAGGCUCUAACAUCGUGUAUCCUGUUCGUGUUAGUUUGAGACAGUCUUUGUGCGGAUGCUCGGUCACCGUGUCGUCGAUAGACGGGAAGACCUCCAACAUGAAAAUCACAGAUGUCAUCAAGCCUGGCAUGAGGAGAAUUGUAGCUGGACAAGGUCUCCCCCUCCCCAAGAACCCAGAGCAGAGAGGAGACCUGGUGGUGGAGUUUGACGUGAACUUUCCUGAAACGUUGCCUGGCAACGCUAAGGAUGUGCUGAAACGGCACUUGCCUACAUAGGACAAAAGGACAAGGACCGACCUAGAGGGGAGCACGGCGUGACGACCCCCCCCCCCCCCCCCCCCAUCCAUUAGGAACACUUUAACUCAAGGAUGGUUCUGACAUUUCCCAACUGAUGAAUGUGCAAUUUCUAUUUUUGAGCUGUUUGUAUUUGCAUGCUGCCAAACUGGUAAUAGGUGCAAGUGAAAGACUGCUUGUGCUUGGACUGCUAUGUGAAACUGACUUUUCCAGUCAAAGUUUUCUUUUGGUUAAAUGCAAUCUUUUUGGCUGUGAAAGGAUUUGCCAAAUAAAUUUUCAGCGACAAACUGUUGAUCUCUGAAGCAACGGUUUCUAAACUGUCAUUUAUGACUAUUUUAGUUAGUUUUGAAUCAGAGGCUCUCUUACUGUUUGUGGGCAGAGGAACUAAGGAAAGUUAAAGUGUAUUUUGGACAAUUACCCGUUGACACUUGAAUUUUAAAAUGCAUGUUUUCCUAUGAAGUCAUCUGAAAAAUAACUCAGACAUUCAAAGAAUCCUUCGUCAUGAAGUAAACCAGUGUAUAAAACACGAUUGUUUAAGGAGAAUGCUCAUUUGCUUAGAAAUAUUUGUAGUCUGUGUAGCAACACUGCAAAAAAAAAAAAAGGUUCUUUAUAGCCCAGGAAACUGAAUCUAUAUUUUAAAAGUCUGAUGUGAAUAUUUAGUUGUUGUAAAUUACAGUAUAUAGUUACAUUUUUGAUGUAUAGAAAUUAAUAAUAAUAAAACAAAAUACUGUAAGUGA